AUGGCGGCAACCCAGCUCCGCGGAUCGGCGGUGCCGGGGACGGCGAGGAGGUGGCGGGCUCCCUCCGGCGCCAUCCUCCGCUUCGCGCCGCUCGCCACGUCCAGGCUCCCAGCAGCGUCUCUUCGUCGGAGGGGAACCUUCAGUGGCCUUUCCGCCAGUGUCACCAGGGAGCUUAUCGCCUUGCAGUCAUUGACUACAAUGUGCAUGAAGUCAAAAUGUACUAGCACUCCCAUUGAUCAUGCCACUGCUCCUGAGCAUACAGAAGAUGAAGUUCCCGAGCCAACCGCUGUGGUGACUGCUAGUGAAGAGAUAAAUAUAGACCAGGAAGUUGCUCCGCCACAUAAGAGUGCUAUAAUACAUGAUUUCUGCCUAGGGAUCCCUUUUGGUGGAUUAUUAUUUUCCAUGGGCCUUGUUGGAUUUCUAUUUUGGAGGAGUCCUGUAAGUCUUACUUUUGGCGUUGCACCUGGUCUUGCUAUAUUGGGACUUGCCGUGCUUAGUCUUAAGGGUUGGAGGAGUGGAAAGUCCAGCUUGCCAUUUAUACUGGCACAAGCAGCUGUUGCUGCUGCUGUAGCAUGGAAGCACUGCCAGGCGUAUGCCACAACAAAGAAGCUGCUUCCCUGGGGCUUUUAUACUGCGCUCAGUGUCUUGAUGAUCUGCUUCUACUCGUACGUGUUGCUUGCCGGGGGGAAUCCACCACCAAAGAAGAAGCCAGCAGCUGCUAUAUAA